AUGUAUUAAUUCAAUGUUAACUUUUCUUUUAUUCCCAGGCCAACAAUCAAGUCGUCUUCCGAAGCCUGCCUUUAUGGCUUCGUUAUCAAAAACUGCGACUGGUUGCACAGCAGACGCAGCAGUUAUAUUUGAUCAAGUGACGGUGAAUGAUAGACAGGCAUAUGACGUAAGAUAUGGAAGUUUUCGGGCACCUAUAACUGGAACCUAUUCGUUCAGUUCAUCACUGAGUUCAAUCGAUGUGUUUCGUGUGAACCUCGUCUUAAAAACGGUUACCAAUGUGAUUGGAUACCUUUACGAGGACAAUCCAAAUGGCUUCAGACAUGAGAGUACGUCCAUCGUUACGCACCUAACAGCUGGCGAUGACGUAUGGGUGGCUUGUGUUCCAGGAACCGCAUCUAACAUUGACGGAGGUCAUGGUGGCCUACAUUCACAUUUCUCUGGGUUUCUUGUGGAUUGAGCUAAUUGUCACUGUGAACUUUGAAAGAAGUACAUAUGCUUAAUACGAUCAUUAACCACAA